AUGUUGAGCACCCGCGCCUUGUUCCACCUCCUCCUGCUCCUCGCCACCGCCGCCUUCCUGUACGUGUCCGCUGCUGAGGACGCCUCGGUGGAGAAGCGCUCGCUGGAUUUCACGCUACAAAAUCAACAGGAACAAGAUUUGAUUGAUGCUUUACAAGAAGUGCUGGAGAAGUUGAGGAACAAAGAGAUGCCCUCUGAGAAAAAGUUGGGCUGGCUGCCUUCUUGCGACGCAGGGGAGCCAUGCGCCGUGCGUCGAGGCUCCCGAAUUGGCACGUUGUGCAGCUGCCCCCGAGGAACUUCUUGUAACUUUUAUGUCCUCAAGUGCUUGUGA